UUGUACUAAAAAGCAAGUCUCUCUAUUUCUCUGGUAGUAACUGAGAAAUGAAUCCACUUGAAGCGCCAUCAUUCCUCUCCGCUUUUACUUCACUAUUCACUCCAAAUUUCAAAAAUUCCUGGCACGAUCCCAUUCCCCUUAGAUCUACGCAUUCUCUCUUCAACUCCUACUCCUAAAACACACGCCCGCUGCCGGUUGAUCGAGUUCGUUUAGAUUGGUGUGGAUUUCUGUUGUUAUUAAAGUGAAGCUGCUUUUGCUGCCAAUGCCGCCUCCGACUGACUCUGAUUUUGAUCUCCGACGAGCAUCUACGCCGCCUGGAAGUUUGGGGAUCAGUGACGCAUUUGCUGACGUUAACAACCUCGAGCACUGUGCCAAGUACUUGAAUCAAACCCUAGUCACCUUCGGAUUUCCGGCUUCGCUUGAUCUCUUCGCCAAUGAUCCAGUUUCAAUCGCAAGGACUUGCAAUUGCAUAUAUGCACUGUUACAGCAGAGGCAGAGGGACAUUGAUUUUAGAGAGUCUGCUAAUGAGCAGAGACAACGGUUUUUGUCAGACAUUUCAAGAUUCGAGCUAAAGUGGAGGAGAUUGGAAGGCCAAACUUGCAUCCAAGAAAUAGAGAAAUAG